AAACACUCACUCUCUCCGAUGGAGUUCCUCACUUUACUUUAUGGUGUUACUAUAUUGUACUUGUGUUUCCUGAUCUGGAAGUUCUUUGAUCAGAGAAGGGACCAAGAGUGUUACAUAUUGGACUACCAACUGUACAAGCCAAGCGAUGAAAGAAAGCUUGGAACUGAGUGCUGCGGGAAGAUCAUUGGAAGGAACACGCACUUAGGUCUGAAUGAGUACAAGUUCCUUCUAAAGGCCGUUGUUAGCUCAGGCAUUGGUGAGGAAACUUAUGCACCAAGUAACGUGAUAGAGGGUCGUGAAGCAAAUCCCACAUUGAUGGAUGGGAUCACAGAGAUGGAGGAGUUUUUCUAUGACAGCAUUGCCAAGCUUCUAACCAGGUCAGGAAUUUCCCCCUCACAGAUUGAUGUCCUUGUGGUGAAUGUGUCAAUGUUCGCUGCUAUUCCUUCAUUAACUUCAAGAAUCAUUAACCAUUACAAAAUGAGGCAAGACAUAAAGGCUUACAACCUCACUGGCAUGGGUUGUAGCGCUAGCCUUAUUUCUUUGGACAUCAUUAAGAAUAUUUUCAAGUCCCAAAAGAACAAGUGUGCUCUUUUGGUGACUUCAGAGUCUCUCAGUCCAAAUUGGUAUGCUGGCAAUGACAGAUCAAUGAUUCUUGCCAACUGUUUGUUCCGGACUGGUGGCUGUGUCAUUCUCUUGACAAAUAAUAGGUCCUUAAAGCACAGAGCUAUCAUGAAGUUGAAGUGCUUGGUGAGGACCCAUCAUGGGGCUAAAGAAGAUUCCUAUAGUAGUUGCUACCAAAAGGAAGACGAGCAAGGUAGGCUUGGGUUUUACCUUGCCAAAAAUCUUCCCAAGGCAGCUACAAGGGCUUUUGUUGAUAACUUAAGGGUGUUAUCACCCAAGAUUCUACCAACUAGGGAGUUACUCAGGUUUAUGAUUGUGUCUCUUAUAAAAAAACUGAGGAGAAGUAGUUCACUCAAGUCUUCAGGUAUGGGAUCUAACAAAUCCCCUUUGAACUUCAAGACUGGGGUGGAUCAUUUUUGCCUCCACACAGGAGGAAAAGCUGUGAUUGAUGGGAUUGGAAUGAGCUUGGAUCUGUGUGAAUAUGAUCUUGAGCCAGCUAGGAUGACACUACACCGUUUUGGGAACACUUCAGCUAGUAGCUUGUGGUAUGUACUGGGGUAUAUGGAGGCCAAGAAGAGGCUCAAGAAGGGUGACAGAGUGCUGAUGAUAAGCUUUGGUGCUGGCUUUAAAUGCAACAGCUGUUUGUGGGAGGUGAUGAAGGAUCUGGGGAACACAAAUAAUGUGUGGGACGAUUGCAUUGAUGACUACCCACCAGAGUCCUUGGCCAACCCUUUCAUGGAAAAGUACGGUUGGAUCAACAAUGUUGAGGAUGCAAGCACCUUCAAAUUUCCUGAUUCUCUUAAGUAA